AUGAUGGGGGGGUUCUGCUCCCAGCUGGCCGCGCUGCUCCUGCUGCUGGUACUGCUCGUGCUGCCGUCCUCAGCGCAGGGUGCAGAGGAGAGUCAAGACCAGCCAGUGUUCAGCCGUAUCAUAGGGGGGCAGGAUGCACAGGAGGGUCGAUGGCCCUGGCAGGUCAGUGUGCAAGUAAAUGGAGCCCACAUCUGCGGAGGAUCCCUCAUCUCAGCCCAGUGGGUGGUGUCAGCUGCUCACUGCUUCGAACCCUCCGUGCCCUAUUCCAAGUACCAGUUAGUGCUGGGAGCGCACCAGCUCCUCCCUCUCUCCCCAAAACCAGUCCUGGCCGAGGUGCAGGAGAUCGUCUCCCACCUCAGUUACAAUGACAAGAGCUUCGUUGCUGACAUCGCCUUGGUGAGGCUGAAGAAGCCAGUGGAAUCCACGCAGUUCAUCUGGCCCAUCUCACUGCCGGGGGCCUCCCGCCAGUUCCCCGUAGGGAACAUGUGUUCGGUCACUGGUUGGGGACGGGUUGAAGUGACCAAGCCUCUCCCACGACCCCAGACCCUGCAGGAGCUGAAGGUUCCCAUCAUUAGUACAGCGACCUGCAACGAUCGUUACAACACACUGAUUCCACACUCACCUCUGGGUCCAGAGAGAAUCAAAGGCGACAUGAUCUGCGCCGGGUACAUGGACAGCAACAAGGGAUUCUGCAAUGGUGACUCCGGGGGGCCUCUGGCCUGUCAGCAGGACGGCACCUGGUACCUGGCUGGAGUCGUCAGCUGGUUUAUGACCAGAAAUGUGAGUGGAAUUGUCUGUUCUCAUCCCACGUUCCCUGGGGUCUUCACCCGGGUGACGGCCUAUGACACCUGGAUCCAGGGGCAUGUGAACGGCGUGGGCCCUUCUGCUGUCGCUUCUCUAACUGCGCUGAUACUCGCCUCGCUCCUCCUCACAGCCCUGUGA